CCACAGAACAAAACUGAAAAUGUCGCAGUUUAGCGUUGUAACGCAGAGUCAAGUAAAUGUGCGAGUCACUAGCUCGGCCAAUUCAUUUGGAACAGAGAAAAGGUUUCCAAAAGAUUUGACUAUAGCCGAUUUUAAGAAUAAAUUAGAGCUGUUGACAGGUUCCACAGCUGGGAAUAUGAAACUAGAGGCCUAUGACAGAGACAACAAAUUGGUGUGUAAGUUAGACGACAAUAAUGCUCUUCUUGGUUCCUAUCCCAUUGAUGAUGGAAUGAUAAUACAUGUUAUAGAUCCAACAAUCAAAGUUGGGGAGUUUGAAGAUCUAUCUAAAGUGGAAAAGUUUGAAAUUUCUGAGGAAGAGUAUGCAAAAAAGUCAGACUCUGUUCGAGCAUUCAAAGAAAGAAAUAAAUUAGGAAGAUUCAAAGAAGUAGAUCCUGAAGAACAGAAGAGACAAGAGGAAGAAAAACAAAGGAAAGAGCAGGAAAACAAAGAAAGAGCUGAAAAAAUGAAAAUUGGAGAUAGAUGUGAAGUCAGAGUCCCUAACCAACCAACAAGGAGAGGCACAGUUAAAUAUAUAGGAUUAACUGAUUUUAAGCCGGGAUACUGGAUAGGAAUCCAUUAUGAUGAGCCAGUAGGAAAAAACAAUGGAAGUGUCGGAGGCAAGCAGUAUUUUGAAUGCCCGGAUAAGUAUGGAGGGUUUGUUAAACCAGAGAAUGUAGAAGUUGGGGAUUUUCCAGAGGAAGGCCUAGAUUUUAAAAAAGAAAAACUUUUGUUCCACAUCAGGAUAAUGUCCGUGGUCGCUCUCUUUAUUGGAGUCGUCAGUUUGGUCGUCGGUAUUCUUGUGUUUGUUUAUCUUGGAGGAGGCAAGUACCCCAUUACCACGGCAACUGGCAUUUGGUAUGCAUUUAUGCCGUUAGCGUUUGGAAUAGUAGGACUUUUGGCUUGUCGAUCAACAGAUGAAACGACACAGGGGAAAUUAUUAGGUGGUCAUUACACUGCCAGCAUCAUUCUUGUUACCAUGGGAUACGCCCUAGCUACAGCCAUACAAGGGGUAGAGACAUGCGCCACCAACAGCGAAAAAUGUGGAACCCACCGAGACACACAGCUUGCUCUCCACAUCGUGUUACUCUGUGUUAUACUGACGGGGUACAUUUUGGCUGUGGUCUCCAUGUGCAUUCAUCUGAAAAAUAGAAAUAUUCUGCACCCCGACUGGAAAUAUGGCAGAGGGUGCUGUGGGAGAAAAUGUGAGGUAGAAGCACAGAAAGCUUAAUCUGCAUCUACAUGUCCUUGUUUCGCGAGAACUCAACGAGAUUUCGGUCGUUGCAUGCAGUUGUUGCUAUGCAGUCGGUAGUAAUUGCAGUUUAACUUGCAUUUGCACUUAUGAACAACCACCAUCUUUAUUUUCCUAUCUGGUAGUGAUCAACCUAGCUUAUUUACAGACUCCAAGUUACCCUGAAAGCUUUCAUUAAGUUAUCCUGAAAUGAACAAAAGAGGUGAUAUACUCAAACUGCUCGUCUUUUGUAUGGACAAUUGGUAUCUUCUUUGUGAAAGUUUUGAAGGUUGCUAGAUAACUUGGCGUCGAGCGGUGCAGCGAGGAACCAGUAUAUAUCUGUAUGAAAAUGUAUAUAAUGACAAUAUAAGUGAUUCAAUUCCUAUCAAAGUUUCAAAGUUCAGUUACAAAAGACGUACCCGAGGUAGUGAGUGGUGUGUGGAUCCAUGGCAUUUAGUCCACCAUUUCUUUUGAUUGAUUACACCAAAGAGUUUCUUACCUGUGAUAUGUAUAUAAGUAAAUAAUUUUGUUUUGUCAAUCUACGAUUGAAACUAAAUUAUAUUAUCAAUUCCUUUCAGAUAUUUUGAACAUAAGAUAUUAUUGUUGUUUCUUCAUCCGUAUUUAUUCAAAGAUGAUCUUAUAAGAAUUUAAUGUUUGGAAUAAACAAUUGCGAGGUGAGGCAUUACAUUAAUAAACCUGAUUAUGAUAAUAUGUGUGCGAAAAGAGUAAAAAGAGGUACAUACGUAUGAUAUAUAAAAUUACAAUUAUUUAUAUUAUGUACAUGUAAGCUACAUAUGUAUUUAUUUUUCUUAUAUUUUCUACAUUUGUUUUGUCGGACAUAAAUAA